ACAUCUGCCAAUAAAAUCAGCAUACGAAUGAUAAAAAUGUACUCGACUUCUAUAUCGUUAAGCCGUUUAUUAAUAACUGCCUCGCUAAACCAAAUUAGAAACUGCAGUUGCAAAAAUGAAAAAGAAAUUAAAGCAACUGAUAUUAAAACUCCUAGCCAUAUGAAUAAAGCGUUCAAACCAGGGGAGCGUCGACCGUUUUCACCGUUUCAAGACACUAAAGGAUGGUUUGAAUACAGCUUGGCUAGAUUAGAUGACUUACUCAAUUGGGGCAGAACUAGGUCUUUAUGGCCCAUGACGUUUGGAUUGGCAUGUUGCGCAGUGGAAAUGAUGCACAUUGCAGCUCCAAGAUAUGACAUGGACCGCUAUGGUGUCGUAUUUCGAGCAUCUCCAAGGCAGACAGAUGUAAUUAUCGUAGCAGGUACGGUCACCAAUAAAAUGGCUGUAGCUUUCCGUAGGGUGUAUGAUCAGAUGCCAGAACCCAAAUGGGUUAUUUCUAUGGGCAGUUGUGCAAAUGGUGGUGGGUAUUACCACUAUUCAUAUUCUGUAGUACGUGGAUGUGAUCGAUUAGUACCCGUUGAUAUUUAUGUCCCAGGAUGUCCUCCAACCGCUGAAGCAUUAAUGUAUGGUAUUUUAAUGCUCCAACGAAAAGCGAAGAGACAAAAUUCUAUACAAGCAUGGUAUAGAAAAAAUCAUGCGAAAUGAAUAUACUGUAUAGAUUAGAUACAA